AUGAAGCCUCAAAGCAAGCCGCAGCUUCCAUCCUAUUGCAGUACAUUUCAAGUUCAUCAGCAAGCGCGUCGCCGCUCACAACACGAUGAACAACAGCGUACCCGGCCGUCAAUUGAACUACGACGCGCGUCUGUGCUUCCUGGUAUCACCAACAGCGCAAGCACACAGCAUCUGCAGCAGCUGCAAAGUGGUCAACAAGACCAGCAACAGCAAGCACAGCAACAGCCUCUAGUACCGACGAUAUACCAGACACAACAUGAAGCUCAAGCUUAUCCGCCCUUGACCAAAGAUCGGCUGGAAAGGAAAAACAAACUGGAUGUUUUAAUAAUGGGACGCAGCGCAGCGGCAGGUCAGCACCAAAGUAUUCCGCGACGACGAAGCAUCUCCAACGGCUAUAUUUUUCGCCAUCUGUAUAACGAAGAUAAUGCACCCAUGCAUAUAACGGGCCAUACAGAAGUGGACGAGCAAGAACAGCUCGAAAGCACACAAAAGUCAGUCAACCCAUACUUCAUGGGCGGCAACCAUUCGUCAGACAUAAUCCAAGGCACCACGACGGAUGCCGGCUCACAGCAUCAUCUUUAUCAUGCACGUGAUUAUGCUAGUGGCACAAACGAUGCGCAUAGCUAUAACAGAACCAGCAACGUAGGCGAUAGUCCAAUGAUGAUCCGUGAAUCGAGUGAACAAUCUUCUGCUGUCGGCUCCCCUUCAGGUCGAUUUCAGUCAGCAGUGUCAGGUACACGAUUUAAGCAGCAACAACAACCCCCGAUACGGAGACCUAGCGGAAGCAAUGCAUCCAAGGUCAUGUACGAGUCCAGAAAGCGUUUGUCACGAUUGUUGAAACUGUCUACGGUUGCCCGUGCCAAAAACAUGGCUACCAAAAAGCAUCCUGCAUCAUCAAUAUCAUCAAAAGGCGUGAAAAAAUCAGCCGCUACAGCAGCAGCAAUUGCCGCGCGCGCAUCCUCAGCCUCGACGACAACCGUUCGUUAUACAUGGAGAAACAUGUUUUGCAUAUUAGAAGGCAUGGCCUGGCGUGUGGCUGAUGCACGUAGUUGCGAGCCACAAGAUGAGCGCAUGCCGGUUCAGGAAAUGACAACAUUGGCGCAAUAUAUAAAAUUGGCUGGCGUAUAUGCGCUGGAGGAAUAUUUGAUCCAUGAAAACGAAGAGAUCAACAGUAUCCAGCAGCAGAACCGCCGUCGGUCCACUGAAUGUUACAGCAGCAAAAUAAAUGCCCCAGCACAGCGGCGAUCCUCAGUUGCUGUAAUAAGCAAUCGUAUGGAUACAGCUAGCGAGUCGCAAUGCGCAGAGCAAUCGCCCUAUCUAGACGGUCCACAGCUGCAUCCUUUGGAGGAUCAUCUUGCUGUGAAAUCACCCAGUAUCGAGUCCACAUCUGAUCAGUCCUCAUCCACUGGCUUGUUACCUCAGCAGCAACAUCGAGAAAGUAAUCGGCUAGGGAGUUUGGGCAACAUCUUCCCAUACCGACCACACCAGCACAAGCAGAGUAAUGGCAAACACCGUCAGCACCAUUAUCUCCGGUCCAGCUCAACACGCGAGGAUGCAGAACUAGGUUCCCCAAAUUCGAUCAUCAACUACGACGAUGAAGAUGAAUACCAUAAUCACCGCCCAGGAAUAUCACCAAAUGAACGUGAGCAACAGACACAACGCAAGCAUGGCAGUGAUGAACAAGAAGAUAAUACUAGUUCAGGGACUGGUCACUACAGUGACCCACUUUGUGGUAGAGGUAGUGUCGCUAAUAAGGCUAAACUUGCACGUCCUCGCGACUUUAUACGAAGAGUGUCGAGUUCAUUCUCGUCCCCACGAGCUAGCUUCUUAGCUCGUGUAUCUUCUGGGUCUUCUUCACCUUCCGGAUCCUCGGACGAUGCCAGCCCAGCAAUUCGGUUUGAAGGAUGGUCUUUAUGGACGUUCGGACCGACCAGUGAUGUUCGCCUUUUUCUAUGGAAAAUAUUAGCCGCCGACUGGUUUAAUUUGUUCAUUUUGGGCCUUUUGUUCGCCCAAUGGGCUAUUCUUUCAUUUGUGCCGAUCACAGAGAAUGCCCACAAGACGAAUUUUGCACAACCCUAUCAAUACCUAUUAUUAGCUAUCAACAUCAUAUACACCCUAGAGGCCAUGGCUAAAAUUGUAGCAUACGGAUUUAUAAUAUCAACGCCAUCCAAAGCACGACCGAGACCAUUCAAAGGUGUGAUUAGCCGGUUCAUAAAAUUGCUCAACUGUAUGGGUAUUCGUCGACGAAAAAGACGCUCGGCUACUGCACACCAGCCUAGCGCGGACUAUAACUUUCCAUCUCCCUCACGACAAUCUACCCAGAGCAUCCCAUUCAUAUCCACUAGUAACGCACCACCAUACUAUGAACAGCUUGAAGAAGACAACAACGGGAGCGACAGUCAGCAUGCGCCAUGGUCGCCUGUAGGCUCGCCUCCUGUUGCCGAUAAUAAUAAUCAGUUCCUUAGCCGUCGCUCGACGUUCUACGAUCAUCAACAGUCUGAGUUAGGGUCACCUGACCGCGAAACGAUCCCUUCUACUGUUAUCAACCGAGCCUCGUCGUUUGCGAUAGAAAGUAGUAGUCAUGGCUAUAGAUCGACACCCCGUGUGACAGCCACUGAAUUGAUUGACGACGAAGAAAAUUUCCUCAAAAUAUCCCACUGUGCUUAUAUUUACAGUUUGUCCAACAUACUCGAUAUCGUUGCUAUCACGGCUUAUUGGAUCGAUGUUGUGCUCAUGGUGUCUACCAACGAAACGUGGUCGCUAUUCAAAGCACUUGGGGCAACUAGGAUCUUGCGUUUGGUGGUGAUAACAGAGGGAACAGCAGUUAUCAUUGAAUCCUUGAGCACAAGUUUUGCUAUGCUUAAAAAUGUGCUCGGAUUCUUUAUAUUCUUUUGGGUCCUCUUCUCUUUGAUUGCUUCGUUUGUUUUUAUGAAUUCGUUCUCUCGCCGAUGCGCAGUUGAUCCUGGUAGCGAGACCGAUAUGUAUGCUGGAAAUCUGACGUUUGUAGAGCCACCUGUUGCUUGUAAUAGCUAUAUAGACAGCGAAGGCAACAUUGCAGGAAUAUUUGAUCAAUACUCUGCAACCUACAUUCCGUAUAAUGGCGCUGAUGGAUUCACAUGCCAACAAGGCCAAGUGUGUCUCCAAAGCGGUGGAGCUCAGCCUGGAUGGGGCUACAUUAGCUACCAUAACAUCCUUUUCACCAUGCUGAACGUAUUUACGGUGAUAUCGACCGAAGGUUGGACAGACUUAAUGUACCUCAGCGAAGACAGCAUUUCCACCACAGCGGCUGCCAUUUAUUACUGUCUUUGUAUCUAUCUCAUGACAUUCAUCAUGGUCCCCAUGUUUAUUGCUGUGAUCACAAGUUCAUUUGCUAGCGCUCGGGGAGACAUGCGUCAUAGUGCUUUUGCUACAGAGAAAAAGACGCGGCUACUGUUGACACGAAGCAUAACUGUGGCCGGAAAAGACGGGAAAGAAAAUGAAAUCGACCCGAAUGAAGAAUGGAUUUAUGGAGGCGGUACAACGAAUACAAAUGUACGCGUGGGCAGGACAGACAUGUUUCGACGCUGGAUUGGCUCCAUUGUUUCGAAGCGUUUUUUCCCAAUCAUAGGAAGUACGUUGGUCGCUUGGAACAUGAUAACCAUGAUGUUUUACACUGCCACUGAAACGGGUGAUAAUUUUACUGUCAGAGACUUUGCAGAGCUUGGAUUUACGAUUUUGUUUGCAAUUGAAAUUCUGUUACGCAUAGCAGGAUCUGCGAACUGGACUCAAUUCUGGCGCUAUAAUCGGAAUAGGAUUGAUUUCUAUAUUGCAAUAGCCUCUAGUGUGAAUGAACUGCCAUUCGUACGUAACAAUAGGCUGCUUCAUCGAUAUCUUCAAGUAUUCGCUGUUCUUCGGUCGUACCGCUUAGUAUAUCUAUUUCCACGCAUUUUCAAAUUGCUCCUUUUUGGUGGUGAUUUCACUGCAUCGGGUCCAGAUGCACCGGAAAUGCGUUUCGAUACAUUUUAUCAAGCAUUCAUUGCAUUAUUUCAGAUCAUGACUGGUGAAAAUUGGACGGAUAUUUUGUAUGAUGCUAUGCAUAGUCAAUCACACGUGUCAAUCAUAUAUGCGGCAGUCUAUAUGUGUCUAAUUUAUUUUGUUGUCCACUAUCUCGUGUUGAAUCUGUUUAUUGCUGUUAUUAUGGAAAAUUUCGAUCUUGAUGAAGACGAAAUUCGGCAAAUCCAGAUCAAGAAAUAUAUCCGGCAACAUCGAUGGCAGCCAGAAUACUUUAAGCUCGACAUGAUUAGUCAAACGCUACUACCGAUUUUUGUUAAGCAAGAUCGACGCAAGUUGAACAUGUCUCAAAUGCCCCAAAAUUUGAUUGCUUCUGUGACCCAGGAAAAAUUAAAAGAGUUUUUAAAUAUGGAGGUACCUGAACCUCAACUAUCGAAAAGACGGUCUUCUGUGGCUAACGAUCAAGGAUUGCUGCGUCGAUAUAAUUCCUCCUUACCGUCCCUGGGUCGGUUUAGCACCAGGAAAGGAUCCGCUAUCUCUGCCUUCAGCACGACUAGCACCGCAGCAGUCAGCGACGAGCCUGACGAAUCAGAUGAACCACUUGUCAAGUACGGCGACGAAUACGAAAUCAAUGUAGCCAAAGAAAACAAGGCCGUCAUUGUCGAGAACUUGAAUGUUUUUCGCACUUUACUCUUGUUGAAAGAAAACAACCCACUACGAAGCGCUUCAGUCCGCAUGUUACGAUCGCGCAUUUACAACGCAAUGAUAGUGGCUCUGCUCUGCGUCAGUAUACUGCUUGCCAUUGCUACAGAUGAAAAUCUCCGUACAUACAACCCAACAGCAUUCGGCAUUGAAGAAACUGCUCAAUGCAUUAUGCUUGUCGUAUUUUGGCUCGACGUCCUUUUCCAUGUUACAGCUGACGGAAUUUUGGUUUUGCCAACAUCAUACUUUCGCAGUUUAUGGAAUGUACUGGAUGUGGCAUUCUUGACCUGUCAAACUAUCGUUUUGGUUGCCGUUUCCCGGUCAGAUCUAUUUCAGCAAGCACAAUAUUUACGUUCGCUUCGGACACUACGAGCUCUUCGUAUUGUAUACUAUGUUGAAGGCAUGCGCGUUAUAAUUCUGGACCUGCUGCAUGGAUUGCCCGUUAUUCUGGACGCUGUGCUGCUUAAUAUAAUAGUGUUUGCUGCGUUUGCUAUAUACGGGUGCUAUAUCUUUAGCGCUCGAUUCACCAAAUGCAACGAUGAUCAUGUCGGCAUGCGCAUGGAAUGUUUUGGUGAAUUUAAAUCGCCAGACACGGAUAUCAUGAUGCCACGCAACUGGGACAAUCCAUACAAGUACUCUUAUGACCAAUUUGGCAACGCUCUAUUGCAUCUUUUCGAAUGUGCAUCGGGUGAAGGAUGGAUCUUGUCAUUGUUCUCUGCCAUGAGCGUCUCAACAGUUAAUGAAGCGCAACCGCGGUUUGACUGGCGAUCAGAAGCAUCAUGGAACGCUAUCUACUAUCUUGUGUUCAUGUUUGUUGCAUCCCUUUGUUCAAUUCAAUUAUUCAUUGGUGUCAUUUUGGAAACAUUUAAGCAACGACGCGGUAUAUCGUCUUUAACGAACACGCAGCGACAAUUUCAAGAUUUGCAGCGACAACUUUCGUUGAUUAAGCCUUCCAGAAAAGCAACAAGACCAAGAAAUGGGUAUUUUCGGGCACUUUGCUAUGACAUUGUCAUUAACAAAAAAGGCGCGUUCUCUGAUUUUAUUACCAAAGUGAUCACAGUUCAUAUCCUGGUAUUUGCGUCGGUUCAUUUGCAUCAAUCCGAAAUGCUCGCGAGUAUGCAAGAUAUAAUUAGCUACACGUGCAUUGGUAUAUACCUUCUUGAAACGGUGAUCAAAAUGACCGGUUUAGGCAUGCACAAGUGGAUGUCUUCAAAAUGGAAUAUUUAUGAUGCAACAAUAAGUAUACUAGUGGUGGCUCUUACCAUUUCAAGAAAUGCUAUAAGCUCCCAAUUCACACUCCAGCUUUUGUACAGCUUUUUGCUUGUUGGCAUUGCGGCUCGUUUUGCCGAACGAAACGAAUCCCUAGAUACCUUUUUACGAUCAGCCAAACGUGCGAUUCCAACCGUCAUAUAUGUUACCGGUGCGUUUGCCAUUGUCAUCCUUUGUUUUGCGGUAAUUUUGCAGGAGUUAUUCGCGACAACGCGAUACGGGCCUUACGGAAACAAUCAUGCCAACUUUCGUACUCUCGGCAAUACAUUGCAAACUUUAUGGAGAAUUACCACUGGUGAAAAUUGGCAACCCAACUGUGUUAAUAGCGAGGACUGUGGGUCACCAGGCGCUGCCAUUACUCUCUUUGUUGUGUUUUACAUUGUAUGCACAUAUAUUUUCGUAAACCUGUUUACGGUGGUUGUUAUCAACAACUUUUCGUUUACAUUUGACAACCGAAAUCAAUUUACGCUGAUCACUCGUACAGAUCUCAGACAUUAUAAAGAAGCAUGGGCCCACUUUGAUCCGAAGGCUACGGGAUAUAUACAUAAGCGAGAUGUGCCAGGUUUUCUGAGGGCUCUGGAAGGUGUUUUAGCUAUGCGCAUUUACGACGAAGAGCAUAGUAUCAAAAGUUUACUGGAUGCGAGCAAUGAAAUGGACGCAGAUGUGGCAAAUCUAGCAUCAGUUCCUACAGCGACAAACAACCUGGAGUUCGCACAGAAUAAUAUUUUGGGUGAGCGCUUCUACAAUGUUCAGGCUGUGAACCGACAACUAGCAACUAUGGAUGUUGCUGCGGUACGAGAUAACAAGAGGCGUUAUACGUUUGUGUAUCAGAAGAUUCUCUUUUCGGCCGGUGCUCGAGGUAUCGCGUUCCAUGACAUGCUUCAAAUCUUGUCUAUGCAGCUAGUGGAUGUUUCCAAAUCGCUCACCUUUGAUGAGUUGGUCAACCACGCACGCAAACAAGACAAGGUGGCCAAAAGCCUUGCGAACGAGAAAGCCAAAAGCUUAGUUUCUAUGCUUGUCAGGCGGCAUAAAUACUUAAAAAUGCGCGAGCUAUUCCGAGAAAACCAGUUUAAUAACAUGAGCAUACUUGGCGAGUUAUUUUCACCUGCUGGUAAAGUGCCAUUGAAUCUUAAUGACCCAUCCGAGAACCAAACACCGGGUCGUCGCAGGGAAUCAGAAGCUUCUCGACAUCAGUAUCGAACAAGUAGUCUGCCUCAUGCUCGACCACUAGCAAAUAUUGCAAAUGCCAGCGCGUAUCAAGAAAAGAUUCAAAGAAAAGAGUCGCCAGAAGUUCCAACCAUUGUGGUCGAUCAACCUCAUCCACCGCCACCACCACAGCAACAGCAGAAGCAACCGCUCUAUCUUCGAAGACCACCGCGGCAACCCUCUCCUGUAACACCUAGUAGUAGGGAAGAAGUGACAAGGGAACAGACACCUGUUCUCGAAGGAACAGCGUCUCCAUAUUCGCAAUCUGCAUCGUCUCUUGUCCCUCGGCAGAGUUUUGAACCCAUGUCACCUACGAAGCGGGCUUCCAUCAGCUCACUAUCAUUACCUGUAACUGCCAUAACCGAAGCUUUUUAUGAUCCGUCUAUCAGCUUAUUUACACGAUACUAUACAUUGGAUGCGCACGUCGAUAUGCCUGAAGCAGACGCAACCGAGAUUAUGGAUGGGCUAGUGCAUAAUAACACUUGGGCCGAUAUGCUGAAUUCAGACCAUCAACAGCAGCACCGUAGUAGCGCAGAUCAUUUCGCUUCCAGCAAAAGAUUGGGAAAGCGUCCGGCAAAAUAGCUGUUAUGUAUUAAUUUACUUAUUUUGAC